AUGCCCUCUCCACCCCUCCAACCUCCCUCUCACCCUAUCGCGCUCCGACGCUCACACCUCCUCUCCCCCGCACCAGACCGACUAACCGCCACCCCCACCACUUUACGCAUAAUACGGGAGAACACAAUAUCCGGUCGCGACUUCAGUGUCCACCAACUAAGAAGUCACGAAGAGAUCUCCAGUCCACGUCGUAGCGCACUACUAUUUACCGUAUCCGGAAGAUUCUGGAGUAACUCUCAACUUCGAGAGAUCCGAGAUGCGGGCGGACGACCAUUACUAGAGUUACGACGAAUAUGGUGGAAAGGACAGUGGUCAGUUCGGCGACCUGGGAGCGGACAAGAUUUAUUACAAGCCGAAAUGAGGUGGGGGAUUGGAAUGAAGAUGAUGGUUCGAUUUGAGAAUGCGCUUUUAUUAGGACCUUGGGAUGAGGAAGAAGUUCAAGUGCGGAAUCGAAGAAAUACUCUUCCUACUUUACAUCCUCAUAUGAAUGCGAAUGCGACUCGUGGAAGAAAUACGCGACGUCGUGCUGCGGAUCAAGAAUCUAUUCGCACUCUUCCGCGAUAUGAAAAUUAUGAUGGAUCUCCACCACCCUAUAGCUUUGUCAUGGCUGCUGACGAUGCCGAUGACGCUGAUCAUGCGCAUCAAAGUAGUAGCGGUAGUGGCAGUGGUAGUGGUGGAGGUUCAUCAGACGACUCGGAUAACGAAUCACUUUCUGGAAAAGCUGCUACCCGAGAUAUUCCCUUACCCUCAUACGAAUCAGUGCGGCGCAUGCGCCGCGUUUCCAGUCACUCCUUGCGAGAUCUUCUCGAUGCGAUCGAGCCACCAAGUGAACCUGCGCCUGCCUCUUCAUCUUCGUUAUCUUCUUCGCGACCCCGAUCUGAAGGUGGGUUGGAUCCGAAGGUUGAAUUGAAGGUUGUUCAACACAGUAGUACGACGGCUGGGGUGAUGAUGGAUGGGAAGAGGAUUAUUCAUAUUCGACGAGAGAAGGUGAUGGAUUUCAGUCCAUCGGGACCGGUGCCAAUACCGAAGUGGGAGGUUGAAGUUGCGGAGGGGGUGGAUUUAUUAUUGGCUACGAGCAUCGUGCUUAUCAUGGCGGAAUUCGUGAAGAAUGAUUCCCGCAUGAGGAGUAACUAG